AUGCUCUUGGAUGCCUUGUUUUCAUGCUUUUUACGCCGAAGUUCCUCCUUGGAUUCGAUCAAAAUUCACGAUCGAUGUGCCAGGGAAAUCGUUUUACGCGAGAUAGCUUUAUCACAGGAACUGAGAAGAGUGGCACAAGAAAUAAUGGAUUCGUCCGGGUUACGAAAACGGCACCAACAUCCACACUGCAGAAAUAUUUCCAUGCUUCAAGCCGACAAAAACCAUAUCCGAGUAAAGUUAGAGGGUCCAAACGAUUCACUUGAUAGUUCACGUGCUAACAGGCAAAGAAAUACUGAUCCUGUGCAAGGUGAAAGAACCAGAAUGCAAUGUUGUCACGCAAGUGUUCCCAGCAGCUUCUUGGCUGAAACUCCUCCAUGUCCAAGAUUAUUGAGAUGUAUUUCAACCGAUUCAGUAAAAAAGGCAUCAUCGACUUCUCGGAAAACUAAACCGGCUACUUUUGAUAAACAAAAAACUAUGACUACAUCUGCAGUUUCUACGCCUAUUAUUCGGACAGCAACGUUUUCAGCCAAUGAUCAAGACGAGCAUCCAGUUCUGCAUUCCAGUUCCUUUCGUACUGGUCGUUCACCUAAACCUGAUAUCGAAAGCUCUAAUGAAGAUAUUCGCAAGCAUCACAUUACCAGUGAAAUCCAUACUCGUGAACUCACAGACUCUCAAACCAAACUAGAUGAGCACUGUCCACCGAAUUCCGGACAAGUUUCACAAUCAACCAGCGGAAAACAGAUUACAGAUCAGAGUUCUGUUGCUAGGACUACGCCCUCUCGCGGUCGACCUAAGCCCUCAGCUGCUGCAACUUAUUCUGCAUCUUCUGCAUCCAGUAAUGCCCCAACAAAUGUAACGGUCAAUCAACAAAACCAACGUCCCAUUUCCCAGUCUAGUUCCUUUCAUUCUGGUCGUUCACCUAAACCUGAUUGCGAAAGCGCCAAUGAAGAUGUUCUUAAGCGUGCAAUUUCCAGAGAAAUCAAUACUCGUGAACUUGCAGAGUCUCAGACCAACGUAGACGAGUUAAUCGUGGAUGGACCGAAAGGCUCAGCCAACGGAAAUAAAGGAGCAGUAUUUGUUACUAUUCAAAAGAUUACUUUCUCGAAUUGCCAUGGGAUGAAAAAUUAUUUAGGUAUGAAAAAUACAUUGUUAACUACUUUAUGA